AUGCCCGGAAUGGAUGUUGAGCAGGGGCAUCACCCUCCCAAAACACCCUUCGCCACGACCUACCGCAGCACGGACUACAACACGCUCUCUCUUCCCUACACGCCUCUUCCCUACACGCACCUCAGCCGCAGCCCUUCCAAGGUAUCUUUGCCGCCCGACUAUUCUCCAUCCACACCUCGGUCUCCUCUUCUCCAUAGGCGUACCUCUGACUUCUCCGUGAGCAGUAGAGGGUCCCGCCGUAGGAAAGCGCCGCCCAUUCACUACUUGCCUGCCCUCAUUGCCGUCAUCCUGUUCACGGUUACCGUCGCCGCCUGGUCUCUCUCCAAGGUGCCAUGCGGUAUUCCUCAUCUGUGCAGCGAGAGCUUCAGUGACGUUCUGGCCAGGAACACUGGCACAUAUGCCCCGUUCCGAGAACAACGCUACCAGAGCCCUCCCGCAACGUGCAAGCUGCACCGUCACACCGCCAGGUAUCCCACAGAGUCCGCCGCCAAACGCCUGAAGAAGACUCUCGCAAAGAUCGCUGCACGACAAGUCAAAUACCCCGAUCACCGCGAGUUGGGUUUCCUCCCCGGUGCCAAUCUUGACCUCGAGGGGUGGGAUAUGGGCGAACUGACCGACCAAGGUCGCUGGGACGCUAUCCCUUCAAACUGUUCACUCGCAGCACGGAUAGUGGCCGCGUUCUUGAGACUGGGCAGUACUGGCUUCAGGGAUACAACGGUAUCAAGUUUGGCUCGAACAAGACGCAUAGUCCUGAUGUUAUCAUCGAGGAAGGCCCGCAACAACACUCUGUCGGUGCAUAACUGCCGCGGGUUCAUGUCAGCCGACCCGCCUUUCGGGACUGAUGAGAGGGAAGUAUUGUUGCCCAUCCUGAAGUCUGCCGCCAGGCGUCUGAAUGGAAUUCUCCAACCCCAUCCUCCUCUCACACCGCUCGAUGUCGUCCACCUCGGGCAUAUGUGCGGCUACGACAGCGCUGCAGCCCCUCGUUGGAGAGGCUGGAGCAGUUGGUGUAACAUGCUGAAGCGCUCCGAGUGGGAGGCAGUCGGACACAUCGCCGACGCAGAGAGGUGGUACAGUGUCGGGGAAGGCAGUACCAUGGGCGCAGGAUACGUGAACGAACUGCUGGCACGUUUGUUCGACCGAGCGCCUGAAGACUCCACCACUACAAACCACACGCUGAACGACAACGCGGAAACCUUUCCACGGGGCGGACACCGGCUUUUUGUCCUCGACGCGUUCCACGAAGCUCAGGCGUGGAGCACCGAGCACGUCAACUGGGCCAAAUGCCUCUAG